CCCUUAUCUCAGUAAUAUGGCGAUAUAUCCUCGUGCGCACGAGAGCACGUGACAUAUGUCGUCAUUUAGACAGACGAUCAGCAGCAUCCGCAGUCAGGCGUAACUCCCAGCGAAUAUCGACCAACGAGACGAUGACGAAGACCGUGUUGGUGGUAGGGGCCGGUGUUGCCGGACUGGCAGCGGUCAAGCAAUGUCUGGACGAGGGAAUGGAACCGAUAUGUUUCGAGAAGGAUACGGAUAUUGGUGGACUGUGGAAUUACCAUGAGUGGUCAAAAGAUAACGACCCAAGUCUGUACAACUCUUGCAGCAUCAAUACCAGCAAGGAAAUGACGUGUUACAGCGACUUUCCGAUCCCUAAGGAGUUCCCAAACUUCAUGGGGCACAAACACUUUAAGAAAUACCUCAAACUGUACGCAGAGAAGUUCAACCUGACGAAGUAUAUAAGUUUUAGUCAUAUUGUAGAAAGAAUUAGAAAGGCAGACGAUUUCGACGACACCGGAAGUUGGGUGACAUCAGUGAAGAAUCUAAACACUGACAAGACCCGAACAGUAAAGACUGACUUUGUUAUCGUGUGUAACGGACAUCUCAGCAUCCCGAACGUGCCAACAUUCGCUGGACUGGAGAAGUUCAAGGGCAAGGUCAUACACACUCAUGACUACAAGGACUUCCGAGGGUUCGAAGGGAAGAGAAUACUGGUUGUCGGAAUUGGUAAUUCCGGCUCGGACAUCGCUUGCGAGUUGAGCCGCCAUGCCGAACACGUGUACAUAGCAAGUCGACGGGGAACAUACGUGAUACAAAGAGCAGCGGACAAAGGUAUCCCAUUUGAUCAUCUCGCCAUCAAUCGAUUUUCCCAGAACCUGCCUUGGAGUCUCAUGCGACCGGUCUUCUUCCAUCGUAUAAAUCGCCGUUACAAACAUUCCAACUACGGCCUCGCACCAAACUACUGCUUUGACGCAGGCGUCGUAACCAUUAGUGAUGACCUCCCUAACAGGAUCUUACUAGGCACUAUAAACGUCAAAUGUAACGUGAAAGAGUUCACAACUGACGGCGCUGUUUUCGACGACGGCUCAGCUCUCAAUGACAUCGAUGUCGUCAUUCUUGCAACGGGGUUUAACUUUGACUUUCCAUUUCUUGACGAUGGGAUCAUUAAAGUUGAAGGACAUUAUCCAUACCUGUACGAACUGAUGUUCCCAACAGAUCUGAAUCCCUGUACUCUUGGUGUUGUAGGAUUAGUCCAACCGUUUGGCUCGCUUCCACCAAUUCUAGAAAUGCAGGCCCGAUGUAUCAGCAGAAUGUUUGCAGGGAAGCUUCAGUUGCCUAGUCCUGCCAAGCGUCUUUCGAACGUAGAGAAACGCAGAGCCUUUAUCAAAGCAAAAUAUGUCGACUCUCCCAGAUACAGCCUGCAAGUCUACUUCAUCCAGUAUCUUGACAGAAUAGGGACGAUGAUUGGCUGCAAGCCAGACCUUUGGAAACAUUUCUUUUCCGAUCCCAAAUUUUGGUACAAACUGUAUUUCUGUCCCGCUACCCCAGUACAGUGGCGUCUGGACGGUCCUGGGUCUUGGAAGGGCGCGAAAAACGCCAUUGAAAAAGUGGAAGAACAUACAUAUUUCCCUAUGAAAUCGAGGCAGUCAGGAGAAGGAGAAAUGGACGGGCUGUAUGACGGCUGGAUUCUUCUCUUUAAGAAGAUUUGCUUCUUGGUCCUUCUGUUCCUCAUCGCUAGAUACGUCAUUGCUAAUGGUUACGUCACAAGUCUCGUCAAAUUUGUGUAAUUCUCAUUUAUUUCGAGACCAGCACCACCACUCAGUACCAGCAUAUGCAGUCAUGGUUUACGUCGUCAAAAAUUCCCCGUCAUCUGGAGAAGGAAGACCAAGAUUCGAACCUGCCUUUUGCCGCAACUCGAGUCUCGUGAAACUUGUAUAUCUCGAUCUUGAGAUCACUGUGGCUCACUAUUAAAACCAGUCUUUAGUGGCAAUAUGUUUUGCAUAUCUUCAUUCCAAGAGCAUGUUGCUGUUGAGAUGAUAGUUUUAUUGUAUAAAUAAAUAUGAAAUUGAAUUUGUCACUUCGUUACAUGUUUAUAUCAUUGUAUAAAUACAUCAAACUUAAUUGAUCAAGAAUGUAAAAUAAAAUAUAUCGGUUGCAGUA